UUUUAACCAAUCACAUAGCCUGUUGGUGGAGCUUAUCAUACAUAAGUAAGAGUACACUCUAUAUAUUGACAUAUAUUCUAGGGUAACGAAUAACGACAAGUACCUCGUAGAUUCUGUCCGAAUAAAAAGGGAAAAAUGCUUAUCCAGAGAGUCAUUACAAGUGUACCAAAAGUUAUCAAACGUAACAUUGGUAUUCUUGCACCAGCACUUCAAAAAGCUACGGAUCCUAUACAACAACUUUUUUUAGACAAAAUUCGCGAAUAUUCUGCAAAAAGCGCUGGUGGAAAGUUAGUUGAUGCUACUCCUGAACUCGAAAAAGAGAGGCAAUCUGAGCUUGAUAGAAUUCGGAAACAAUAUAAUAUAAAGGGUGAUCCAAAAGACUUCCCAAAAUUUAGAUUUGAAGCUCCAGCAGUGGAAAAAUGAAUAUAUUACGUAACUCUUUACAAGUAUAUAUAAAACUAGAAC